GCUCCCAGUCCCAGCUAAAGUAAGAAGAGAAAAGGACUUUCAUUCUCUUUCCUUUUUUUCUUUCAAAAUCGGUAAUUCAGCUCUAACUCCUCGCAUUUCUGCAACCCAACAACUGCUGCUGCUGCUACUUGUUUCAGUUAAAUGCCAGGCUUCGUUUUGGAUUCCCGCCUCAUCCUCUCCGCUUGAGAUGAUGCUCUCCCACCUGUAGCUAUUCUGAGUGUUUCCUUUCUUGCUUUCCCGAUUAUGGCUAUCCGGGGAGUUGAUUUCAAGUGGUACGAUGGCUUCUUCUUGUCCAUGCUGGCGACGAGCGUUUAUUUUCGGAAUUGGGAAUUGGGUGUUGUUCUUCCUAAAUGGUUCCCCGCUGACAGAAUAAUUGUUGCCAUCAAUUGGAAGCGCUAUCAUUUCUGUACCCACCCUCUGCACAUAUGGAUUGUGGUUGAUUACACUACCGUGUUUGUGUUUCGUCUGUUGAUGUUCAUAGAUAAUGGACUUGCUGCUGGAAUGGUAUUGGAUUUUGGAUGGCAGCAGAGAUAUGCCCUUUAUUGUGGAAGAGUGGUGGUUAUUUCAAUCUUGUCGAUGAUGCUCUAUCCGUUUCUAUGGGCUUGGACUGUGAUUGGAACACUUUGGUUCACAAGCGCAAGAAAUUGUUUGCCAGAAGAAGGUCAGAAAUGGGGUUUCCUUAUUUGGUUGCUGUUCAGCUACUGUGGACUCGUAUGCAUUGCUUGCAUGUGUAUUGGAAAGUGGCUAAGUAGAAGACAAGCACUGGUUGCACGGGCACAGAAUGGAGUUCCUGUUACAGAAUAUAGGGUUAUAGUCGACAUGAUCCAGGUUCCGGACUGGGCAUUUGAAGCUGCUGGUCAAGAAAUGCGUGGUAUGGGUCAAGAUAAUAAUACUGCAUACCACCCGGGACUUUAUUUAACUCCUACUCAGAGAGAAGCUGUCGAAGCUCUGAUUCAGGAGCUACCAAAGUUCAGGCUAAAGGUUGUUCCAACAGAUUGCAGUGAAUGUCCAAUUUGCCUAGAAGAGUUUCGUGUUGGGAAUGAGGUUCGUGGCUUGCCUUGUGCCCACAAUUUUCAUGUUGAGUGCAUAGACGAGUGGCUGCGGCUGAACGUGAAAUGUCCGAGGUGCAGGUGCUCGGUGUUUCCCAACCUCGACCUCAGUGCCUUGUCCAAUAUAGAGAGGUCUUCAACACCAACCACUGUAACUACUUCCACCCGUUACAUGAGGUCACAACCUGCAAGCGAAAGCUACCGAUUGAGGUUACAAGGCUUCCUUAGGCCGGUCCGUAGUGGUGAGGUCAGACCUCCAACUCCGCCAACUGAUGCAGCAAGCAAUAGUGCUGAAAGUGACGUAGCUCUGGCAAUCGAGCAACCUGAAACGAGUGAACCAGGGGGUCAUGAUCAUGUGAGUCAGCUGAUCCAAGAUCAGCAGUAGAUAAUUGGUGUGUGAACCUCUCGACUUCUCAACUUCUAACCAUCCCAGCUAGAGAACCAAAAUAUGGGUUUGUCCAUUAAAGAGUGAUGAUCAGCGUGGUCAAACCAACUUCUUCCGUUUGUCAUUUGCAGCCCUGUUGUCUUGAUGUGGAACUUGCUUCAUUUUGUCUAUAAGAUCCCGUGAAGAGACGCUAGGAACUGUGUUGUGAUGUAAUGACUAAGUUCUCACUCAUCGCUAUAACGGUAAUGAUUCAAUGCAUGAUAGACCCACUAUUGACGGUUCAGUUGAAAUGUUAUCUGUUGCUUGGUAUGGUUUGGACUAAGGUAGGUAGAGAUUAGAAAAUGACUAGGCGGAUUAAGUGUCUGGUUGCUUGGCAUGGUCCAUGAGAUCGAUCCUACCGGAAAAGUCAGCGGUAGGGUAUUUUAUGGUAAAACCGUGGUU